CCCGGCUCCGCUCCGUGCUUCCUUCCCAGAGAAGCCGAGGAUCCCGAAGGGGGGGGUGUGGAGAGGGGAACACGGUUCCCCCGUCACGUGAGAGGGAGUGACCUCGCGCCUGGACCCCAUGGGGGCUUCUGACCCGGAAGUGGCGCCUUGGCUUCGCUGCGGCGGCAGGGGGAUGGUGGGAGCGGGGCCUGGAGCGGGGGGCGCCGAGGCGGGAGCCCCGCCGGGGGCUGGGGUGUGGGGCUUGCACCCCCCGCGGCCGCCCCAGUCCUCGUCCCGGCGCGUGGAGGCGGCGGCCGUGGCUGCCCUGGGAAGCGGGGAUAGCUCCGCGGCCACCGAGGCCCUGUUCCUGGCGUUGGGGGCCGGCGUGACGGCGCUGAGCCACCCGCUCUUCUAUGUGAAGCUGCUCAUUCAGGUUGGGCAUGAACCACUGCCUCCCACUGUAGGGACCAAUGUGCUGGGGAGGAAAGUCUUCUACUUGCCCAAUUUCUUCACCUAUGCCAGGCACAUCGUGCAAGUGGAUGGGAAGAGGGGACUGUUCCGAGGCCUGAGUCCAAGGCUCAUGUCUAGUGCUCUUUCCACCCUGUCCCGGGGCAGCGUGAAAAAGGCCUUCCCUUUGGAGGAGUUAGAACAUGUAUCCAACAAGGAUGAUGUGAAGACAUCGCUGAGGAAGGUGGUGAAAGAGACUUCCCAUGAGAUGGUGAUGCAGUGUGUGUCCAGGGUAAUCUCUCACCCCCUGCACGUCAUCUCGAUGCGCUGUAUGGUCCAGUUCGUGGGGCGGGAGGUCAAAUACAGUAGUGUACUGAGCUCCAUUGGGAAGAUUUUCAAAGAAGAAGGACUGCUGGGGUUCUUUGUGGGCUUGAUACCUCACCUUCUGGGAGACGUGGUCUUCUUGUGGGGCUGUAACCUCCUGGCUCACUUCAUCAACGCCUACCUGGUGGACGACAGCUUCAGCCAGGCCUUGGCAGUUCGGAGUUACACCAAGUUUGUAAUGGGGAUUGCAGUGAGCAUGCUGACCUACCCUUUCCUCUUGGUUGGUGACCUCAUGGCUGUCAAUAACUGUGGGUUGCUGGCAGGCCUCCCUCCCUAUUCUCCUGUGUUCAAGUCCUGGAUUCAUUGUUGGAGAUAUCUGAGCAUGCAGGGUCAGCUUUUCCGGGGAUCAAGUCUGCUUUUCCGCCGAAUCUCAGCGGCAUCAAGCUUCUCCAUUGAUUAAAUCAGAAUAAUUUGACUACAAUAAUAAACACAGCAUCUCCGCCCA